AUGGAACGAACACAACAAACUGCGACGCAAGAAGUAAGAAUUAUUCAGAUUUCACUCUCUCAAGCUGCUGGAAAUCACGAUAAAGGCAGCCUUUAUGCUCUUUUAUCACAUAUUGGCUAUUUCCUCCCGGAUAUUACCCUCUGCUCUAUCCCCUUUUUGGCAUCAGCCUACAUCUCAAUUCAACCCCUUCCGAUGAGGUCCAGAAUCCAACUUCCACCAAGAAAGUGCAAGGGAACCAGAAAGAAGUACCUUGAAAUCGCUUUCAGCCAUAACCCUACAAUAAUGUUUUCUAUGUAA